CUGUAAGCGGUUUUAACGUUUAUGUUAUCACCUGGUUUCCCGUAGCUGCUGGACGCCCAACUCGUAAAGGAAAAUCUCGGUUGGCAUGUCUGCGCUGAGCGCAGCGCAGCUGCCUAGGGCACAAUUAAAAUGCGUCAUCGCCCCUGACCGUUUGGGCCAUGCUAUGCCUCAGCGGCGCGUCGUUGUGGCUCGUGCAAAAAACAACCAGAAGAACGAGGGAGUGUAUUUUGAGUACGAGGCCAUCGACCCAAAUGCCGCUAACGAAAUUGCCGCAUUGCAAGAGGAGGAGGCUGAUCAGUUUGGAUGGGCCCAACGAAGUCGCGAGAAGAAGAAGGAGAUGCAAAAGCGGCACCGCUCCAUAGACCAAAAGGUGUUUGGUGUAACAACAGGCGAUCCACGCAAGGCAGCCAAGCGUGCAGCUCGUGCCAGAGCUGCCGAUCGGCAGCAGGCGGCUGCGGAGGCGGCUGCCCUAGCCGCCAGCGACGGGCCGCUGCUGCCCUCCUUCAGCCCCGUGGAGACACCCGCCAUGCGGAAACACAAGAUGGCAGCGACACCCGCCGCUCCGCAGCCGCAGCUGCAGCGGCCACCACCUCCGCCACAGCCCUCAUCACCAGCAGCAGCACCAGCAGCACCAACGCCCGCAUCCCGACCUGCGCCUGCAGCUGCCCAAGGGACAGCCGCGGCAGGGGCGGGGGCGGCGGCAGGUGCACCCCCUGCGGCCGCACCUCCGUCAGCAGCAGCAGCAGCUCCAGCUCCGUCCGGCCCGCAAGCGAGCCCCAGCAGAGGCAGUGGCGAGGGCAGCAGCAAGGCCGCUGCCGGCGCUGUGGCGAGUGUAGCGGCGGGUUCAGGAGGAGCAGGAGAGGCGGGGGCAGGGGGCGCGGCAACGCCCAGCAGCGGCAGCGGCAGCGACCGGCGCAUGCGGCUGCUGCAGCGCAUGAAGGGCAGCGCGGGGAGCAGCGGCAGCGGCGGCGGCAGCGGCGGUAGCUCCUCAGCCCCAACCGUGGCGGGCAGCGGCCGUGAUAGCGCCGUGGAUGCGGUGGCGGUGGCGACAGCAGCCCAGCAGCAGCAACAAGAGCAGGUGGAGGCGCAGGCGGUAAUGGGAGAGGCAACGACGGUUGCAGCUGCCACUGCCGCCACUGCUGCAGCGGCGGCCGCAGGAGCUGCCCCGGCGGCAGUGGGUGGCGGCGUUCAGGAGGGCAGUGCGGCUGCUGUUUCCGCCGACCUGCUGCGCCAGUUCUCCUCCCUCGCCUCUCAGCUCCCCGCCGCCUCCGAGCUGUCGCCCGAGCUGCGCCCGCUGCGCGCCUACCUGCAGUCGCUGCUGGACCCCGCCAGCGCCGACGUGCGGGAGGCCACCGCGGGGGAUGCGGCGGACAUGCUGGAGAGGGACCUGCGGGAGGCGGCGGAGUUCAAGGAGUGGCUGCGGCAGGCGGCAGCAGCGGAGGAGGAGGGAGGCGGUGCAGUGGAGGGACGUAUGGAAGGGCUACUGCGGGAGAAGGAGGAGGUGGAGGGGGAGGAGAAGGGGGAAGGUGUUGGGUUGGAGGGUGACGCUGAUUGGGAUCCGGAGAUCUUGGCGGCCAUGAAGUACGCGUUUGGCAGCGGGGGUGUCGCGGAGGGUGCGAGCGGCGCUGCCAGCGGUGUCGGGGCCGGGGGUGGCGGUGAUGCGUUUGGGGACGGGGCGGUGACGUCAGCUCUGGAUCUGAUCUCGGAGAUGCGGGAGCUCAUGGCGCAGAUGGAUGCGCCCGCAUCAGUGGCGGCGGAGGCAGGCGGCGGCGCGGCUGAGAGGGACAUGACGGAUGAGGAGGUGCUAGCGGCGCUGAAGACCUCGGACCCCGAGCUGUACGAGCUGCUCAAGGACGUCCCCGAGUUCGACAAGCUGGAUCUGGAUCUCGGGUUGGAGGACUUUGGCGCGGACCUCAUGGACCUGGCGGCCACAGCGGCGGAGGCGGGUGCAGGUGCAGGUAGCGCUGGUGGGGCGGCAGCAGGGAGGGCGGCCAGGAGCAGUGGGGGGCCGGCGGUGGGGGAGGACGAUGGCGGUGAUGAUGAUGAUGAGGAGGAGGAGGAGGAUGCGGCCGGAGGGGCAGCGGGAGAUGAGCGGGAGCUGGAGGAGCUGCUGCGGGGCAUGCGAAGCCUGGGACUGGACCUCCCGGGCAAUGUGGAGGAUGCGGUGGAGGCCAUCAGCAGCAGCAGGCGCGCCAGGGGAGGGGCAACCGCCGCCUUACCAAGCACCACCAGCAGCAGCAGCACCGGCAACAGGGGUGCUGCUGGCGCUGCUAGGAGCCUCCGCGUUGACCAAGACGACGAGGAUGGGGUCUUUGAUGAUGAGGAUGAUGACGAGGAUGAUGAGGAGGGGCCGCUGUCUCUGGAGGACUUGUCACUGGGAGACGUCCUGGAGGCGUUGGGUGAGGACGAGGGUCUGGACCCACGGGUCAAGCUCCGCGCGCAGUUUGCGCUGCAGUCCAUGUUUAAUCAGCCGGCGGACGAGCUGGCGGCCAAGGGCUCCCGAAGCGGAGCGGAGGGGGCGAGGAAGGGGGCUAAGGGGAAGGAGGGGGGCAAGAAGAAGGGGGCGGGGCAGGGCGAAGCGGAGGUGUUGGUGCCACCCAAGAGUACGACGGGAAUGGCUCGUGAGGCGCUGGGGCCGGAUGACUUGGAUGGGGGCGCUGCGCCGCCGCCGAUGCUGCCCAAGCCGUCUCGGCCGCCGCGCAGGUUAAUGGAGAGGGAAUGAGGGACGAGGCGGCUGGUGAGGGAUGGCAUGGGCUGAGCCUUGUGUCAGCUAGCGGCCGGGCGGCGCCAGGGCGGAUGCUCGGGGGGCUGAAGGCGGGUGCGCAUAAUGACAGGCUGCAUAAUGACAGGUUUGUGAAGGCUGCACAGCAGCAGAGGGAGGCUGUCUGGGCGGGGCGGCACUGCGGAAGCGCCGCGACUACUGGUCAGGAUUUGAAUUUGCGAUUGCCAAGUGAGCGGAAAGUCCCCAUUUUUGCUUGCUUUGUUGAAAGGGGAUGUUGUUUAGAGCGAGAGAGGGUGGAACAAUGAGUGGACGCGUUAGGUGUGGUGAAGGUGGUGUCUGCUGCCAGUGUUUACAAGGCAACAUUAUUAACUGUGGGCUGUACGGCACGCCUAUCCCCGCUGUCGUUCACGUGGAUGGUAAUGGUAUUUGUUGCCUAGUUUGUUAAUGUAUUCAGCAUUACAAUCACCUUACGCACCACCUGCCACAGUCUUUUACGGGUCUGCUGCCAUGUAAGGCCAGUUGUUGUUGCGGAUUGUACGCUUAGGGCCGGCCGUGUGGGAUAAUGAGGGGGAGGCAGCCUGCCGUUGCUCGCCCUAGCGCUGUGCCAUGCGGGCCGCUGUGCGACCAGGCAUGGCGCUACUGGCCUACCAUGCAAUGAGCCUGCUGCUGCGAAGCCGUUGGCCGGACGUUGAGGGCGCAAUGGCAGCUGGGUUUGGCUGCCUUCCACAUGUGGUGCUAUUCUGUUUACAGCGUGUGGUUGCCUCACAUGACUUGUGAGCAAACAUUCACUUCGCAGCUAUAGACGUUGUCCGUCUCACUGUUGCAACGCGGGGUACGCAGUGUCGCCUUGGCAUCAUGGUGUUAGCACCCACCGCAUACAUACCAGACCGUAGACACCCUUGACGCACGCAGGGAGGAGAGCACAUCCCCCAGGGAUCCAGAUACGUAGGCGCACAUGAAGCCUGCACACACCCCUUGCAGUGGGUGGAUGGUAAUGAAGCCGAC